AUGCGGUCAGCCGAGUUGGUGAACGUUAUCGAGGAAUACGAUGGCCGGCAAUUAUCAUUGCCGCCGGUGCCAGUUUCCUUCAUUAAAUUGGAGCAAAGCGACGAUACAGCAUCGGUGCCUGCUGCGGAACAUCUACAAGCCGGUGUAGCCCAGCCAUUUGCCGCUACUAAAGUACUAACUGGUACUGUAAAAAGCACUGCCAAGCUGUGCGAAGGUGCAGAUGUAAAAACCGUUUACGACGUACAACUGGGAGGCUUUGAGCAGACUGAACAUCGACACUGGCCUGGGGAUACGGUUGGAAUUUUAACAUACAACCUACGGGAGGAUGUUCAAUACCUGUUGGAUCAUCUGGGCUUCGGAAACAACGAUGCAGCGGCGUCGAGGGCUGAUAGUGGAUGGUGUGUGGAGGUAGACAAAGGUACGACCAAGAAAGCAGCCAAAGUACCACCCUUCGUACCGACCACAGUAACCUUGCGACGACUAUUCGCCGAAUGCCUGGACCUACGAGCUAUACCGAAAAAGGCUUUUCUGCGUGCCUUGGCGUCCUAUACAACCGAUACUUCCGAGCGACGAUUCCUGGAGAUACUGUGCUCUAAAGAGGGAUCUGCGGAGUACGAAAAGAUUAUCCUGAAGCAUGGGAAAGGUUUUUUGUCGCUGCUGAAGCUUGUACCUUCGUGCCUUCCUCCGGCGUCUCUACUGGUGGAGCAUCUUCCUCGACUGAUGCCGCGUCCCUAUUCCAUCGCUAAUGCGUACCGUGAGGAUGCAACUCGGCCGGUAAUACGAUUUCUCUUCUCGCACAAUCCCAUCGAACCGGGCAUCACAACCACUUACCUGCAAGGCGUAAAGCUGGGAUCGCUGGUGCACUUCUAUUUCCGCCAAAGCAGCGACUUCACGUACAAGGAUAGCGAGCUUGCCAAUGACGUUGUGAUGGUAGGUACCGGCACGGGCAUUUCUCCCUAUCUUGCCUUCCUCGAGCACAGAGCAGCAGCUCUGGAAAGCGGUAGGGUCCUUGGAAAGGCACAACUGAUAGUGGGAUUUCGUUACCGAGACCGAAGCUACCUAUGCCGCGAAGAAAUUGCAGAAUAUGUGCGCAGAGGCGUACUAGAUGGUUGCCGUGAAGCAUUCUCCCGUGAUGGGGACGCUCGCUUCAAGUACGUCCAGGAUUGCAUCGUAGAGCACAGAGCAGCGAUCGAGCAAACGAUGGCUGAAGGAAGUAUUUUCUAUGUGUGCGGCGAUUCGAAAUUACUUCUGCCCCAGAUUGCCGAUACAUUUACACUGCACAUCAUAAGUGGCGGCGGUAAUGCAGCGCUAGCCGCUAGCACUGUAAAAGCAUUGAAAUCAGCUGGUAAAUAUCGGGAAGACGUAUGGUUGUGAAAGUCCAACAUGCUUGUAAAAAAAUUAAGUGCUACAACAACAAAAAAGUUCAUCAAAUGAACGCCAACAUAACAUUCUUGUUAAGCUAACGUUUCUAUGUGAAACCACGCAGGGUUUAAUCGCCAAAACAAACGUAUACAGAUAAUGCUUGUAGUGCAUAAGCAA